AAUUAUAAGAAUUCAUUUCUUUAGAAAAAAUAUUUUAUUUUAUAUUUUUUCCCAUCUCUUAUAACUGACAGUGAGAAUAGAGACAGAUCACAGAUCCAAAUUGUCGCAACAAAAUUCUCUCCUACUUACAUACCAAAAACAUUUCUUAAUUAACUGCUCCUUAUUUAUUUUUAACUUCAUUCUGUCUCAAUUCAUUUCUUCCAACUUUGCAUUCUGUCUCAAAUCCCACAACAAGGUUCUUCUACAUACAAUGGUGGGAAUAACAUUACUUGUAGAUCUAUGGAGGAAAAAACAAAGCUUUAACAUGGCACAUUCUUAUCCAUCUUCAUGGUUUUUUUCUGCAUCUGCCACUGCUGCCACAUUGUCUGUUGGGGCCUCUUUUGCCUCAAAUGAUUUCUUUGGUUUCAGGACACCAAUAGCUUAUUCUGAUUCUGGAGUGCUGGCGGUUUCCGACGAUUACCUUUCCGGCGUACGAACUUCGCCGGGGAAAUAUUUCUACCAUGAUACUCUAAAGUAUAGCCCAAAGGGCUACAAUUUUGAACUUAAGCCGUUGUGGUCAGCUUUUGAAUUGAGAUCAUUUGCACUGAUCUCAUUGAGGUCAUUCUUGAUGUUCUAUUUGCCUCUUUUGGAGCCUCAUGCAAAUAUGGAACAAGAUUAUGAUAACUUUAUGCAAGACAAACAUGAUGAACUUCAUGGCAAAUUAGUUGUUCCCUUCAAAAAAUCGCUAUUGCAAAUUGUCCGCGAGAUUACCGUAGUCACAACUAGACGCGUUUUAGAAAGACUCACUUUCCAUUAUGCUUCAAGAAAAAUGGCAUGGAGACUUCUUAAAGAUGUUCCUGCAUCGGCUGUUCGAAAGGCGGGACGGGGAAUGCCGACUUAUAUGUACAUGCUUUCUGUGAGCAAAGCAACUCUAAGAGGACACACAAUUGGUGUUACAGCAUCAUGGAUUGUUCAAGUAGGGGUCAGAAUAUUUCAAUUCUUUAAAACAAAGUCAAUAAAUGAAGAUGGUAGCAUCAACAAAGCUGAGAGAAACAGAAUUUUCAAAGAGAAGAUUUACAUAGCUACACUUAAGUGUAAUGCAUCUCUAGUUUUUGCAGCUAUUGGUGGAGGAAUUGGUGCUACUCUUUGCCGUCCUUCAGUUGGUCAAUGGAUCGGUUGUGCUGUUGGUGAUUUGACUGGUCCAGUUAUUGUAGCAGUGAUUGCUAACAGAACUUUAGAUUGGAACCUCUAAUAUUGUUUAUGGUUUUUUUUCAAAUUUAUUUUCUAUAAUUGAAUUCAAAUAAGAGUGAUAUAUCAUGAUUCUAGAUAUCAUAAGAUGGGGAACAUGUUGUGUUUCAAAAGAUUUCUAAGUGUAGUCCUUGAAUUUUCAUUUAUUUCUUCUUUAAGUGCAUUAUUGUUGUUUGAGUGACUCUCUCUCUCUUUGCAAUUUUGAUGAAGCAUUUGGUACAA